ACCAUCUCAUCUUGCAGAAUAGAUUUCAAAUCUAACAAGCUUGGUCACCUAUUUUAUCUUAUUAUGCAAAUAAAGGCCAUAUGUCAAGUGGUAUCACUUAUCAUGCAAUUAAAAAGGUCUCGUAUCAAAUGAUUCAGCAACUAAAGUGCUAUGGGUACCCGAGGAGUUAUUGGAGAUAAGUGGUCUAUGAGGAUUCUCUGGGUUUGUGCAAUUGGAAGUGCAAUCGGCCUGUAUAUGGUUGCUGUGGAAAGACAAAAACAGAACAGAGACAAAAUGAUGGCUGAAAGUUUAAAGGCCAUUGAAUCAGAAGGAAGCGGCGAGCAAGUUUGAAUGUUGGCAUGCUUAGAUGUUCAUAAAUUACUUUGUAACACAAACUAGUUAAAGAGCUUCCCCAACAUUUUCUAUGGGGUCCUCCCUUUUGUGUAGAAGGUUUCUGAUGUUUGGAAUGGAGGGAUUUUGUCUCCUAUGGUAAUAAUUUGUUUGUUCUCGAGUUUAAACAGAUGAAAAUGUUCUGAAACCGAUGAUGAAUGUCUACUUGGAAUAUGAAUGAGAAAUGAUCACUUGUGAAAUGAGCA